GAAUGAUUUAUCAUAAUCAGCUAAAACCUGUAAGAUAAAGCGUGGCGACCUGAGUAGUUUUUCUGGUACAGUCAAUACUUUAGUGUGGUAGGUAUUUUUUUAAGCAAUUUCUGUUUCUCUUGGAUAGUCAGUGUAUCUACCUCCCUCUUUUUUAGGAGUCAUCCGUGAAAGGGUUGGAAGCCUUGAUGUUUGAGUAGACAAGAAACCAUGAGUGGAGGAUCUCAAGUCCACAUUUUUUGGGGUGCUCCAGGUGGUCCACUGAACAUGACAGUGCCACAGGAACCAACCUCUUUAAUCUCCAAUGAUGACCCCUGGAAAAAAAUUCAACUUUUAUACAAUCACCAUUCCUUAUAUCUGAGGGAUGAAAAAUGCAUGCACGAAACUCUUGAAGACUCUCAGGUCCUAGAAGCCAUUGGCCCUCCAGAUUUUCCGCAUGGUCAUUUUUUAACAAAUUCUAUGAAGAAACCUGCUCAUGCGAAAGGAGACUUUACACACUGUAUUUCUGAAACAGAGACUGGAAAAUCCCAGAAGAGCCACCUCUUAGGGGUGAGUGAUGGACCUAGUUCUGACGUUCAAAUACGUGAACUUAAGGGCAGAGGUCAGCAUUUAACUGAAGAGGAAAACUAUCAGAAGCUUUUUGGUGACAAUAAGAAAACCACAGAUGAACAGCACGAGUAUCAGUCACAUGCACGUGGUCACAACUUUCAAACAAAAGUCUUUCAGUUAGAUGGUAAGCGUGCAGCCACAUUGGGUUUGGUUUGUACGGAACACACUCAUACAGGGCCGGGCACUGUUGGACCAGAGUGUGUGCCAGUAGGACACCAGGAGGGACAGAGCCAGCGUCUGGAGUUCUUCUCCUCGAAGACAGAAGAUAAGCCAAGGUCUGAACCUGUUAGAAGGGCCUCAGACCUCAAAAUAUCUACUGAUACUGAAUUUCUUAGUAUAAUGACUUCCAGCCAGGUUGCUCUUUUAUCUCAGAGGAGGUAUAACGGACAGCUUUCUAUAAAUAAAGGGCCCGCAAGCAUGGAGACUGAAUCAAAGGCAAGUCAUGGAGAAAUAAGGAUAACUGAAGAUAAUUGGACUCAGCCUAAUGAUGAUUUUGCAGGAGAUGAAAGUGGACAAAGCCAAGCACAUUCCCUUGAACUCUUUAGUCCCGCUUGUCCUGAAACAAAAAGUGAUGACACUCACGUGAAGCCCCAUAAAAGUCCUGAAGAAAACACAGGAUCUCACGAAUUUCUCGAUUUUGAAGAUAAAAUGCCCCCCAGUGAUGUAUGUAUUGAGUCCUAUUGCUCAGGAAUACUGUGUUCCCAGCUAAAUACCUUCCAUAAAAGUUCCACUGAAAGACGUUGGACCUCUGAAGAUAAAUUGGGCCAUUCCAAAGCUCUGUCUAAAGUCCUCCAACCCUCCAAGAAAAUUAAGUUGGUUUCUGAUGCAAGAAAUCCUACAGUGGGCCAGACCAAUGUGUCUAAAUUUAAGGGGAUUAAAAAGACAUCACUAAUAAAAGAUUGUGAUUCUAAAAGUCAGAAGUAUAAUUGCUUAGUCAUGGUAUUAUCUCCAUGUCAUGUGAAAGAAGUAAAUAUAAAAUCUGGCCCAAAUUCUGGCUCUAAAGUGCCUUUAGCAACAAUCCUGGUAACAGAUCAAUCAGAAAUUAAGAAGAAGGUCGUUCUGUGGAGGACUGCAGCAUUUUGGGCUCUUACCGUGUUUCUUGGAGAUAUAAUUUUGCUCACAGAUGUUACUGUUCAUGAAGAUCAUUGGGUUGGUGAGACAGUACUACAAUCAACUUUUACCAGUCAGUUAUUAAAUCUUGGGAGUUACCCAUCUCUCCGGUCUGAAGAAUAUUCCAGGAUAGUUAAUGUUGGGGUACUUCAAGACUUACUGGCAUACGUGUCUUCAAGACAUUCCUGUCUCAGAGAUCUUCCUCAGAGGCAGCCUCAGAGAGCGAACAGUAUAGAAUUUGUGGAAUUGGAGGAGCUGCAGCCGGACACGUUAGUCCAUGCAGUACUGAGGGUGGUUGAUGUGACUAUACUGACAGAGGCAGUUUACAGUUAUAGAGGACAGAAGCAAAGGAAAGUGAUGUUAACAGUGGAACAAGUCCAAGGUCAACAUUAUGUGCUUGUCUUAUGGGGUCCUGGAGCAGCCUGGUACCCUCAACUUCAAAGGAAGAAAGAUUAUAUUUGGGAAUUUAAAUAUCUCUUUGUUCAGCGCAACCAUAUGCUAGAAAACCUGGAAUUGCACACGACAUCUUGGUCAUCCUGUGAGUGCCUGUUUGAUGAUGACAUAAGGGCAGUUAGGUUUAAAGCAAAAUUCCAGAAAAGCACACCCUCCGUGGUGAAGAUGUCAGAUUUGGCAACACAUUUAGAGGACAAGCGUUCAGGAGUGAUUCUCAUCAAGGCUCAGAUUUUAGAGCUAGUGAUUCCUGUGAUGGCAGCUCAGAAGGUAACUCUAAAUGCCCACAGCUCCCUGAGGAGCAUCUUCUCUUCCCUUCCUGACAUCGUAUACACUGGCUGUGCAAAGUGCGGAUUGGAACUGGAAACAGAUGCGAACAGGAUCUAUAAACAGUGCUACAGCUGCUUGCCCUUGACUAUGAGGAAGCUGCACUACAGGCCAGCUUUAAUGACCAUCAGUGAUGGAGUACAUAAGGUUUGCGUUCAUGUAGGAUCGGAGCUGAUUGAGAAGAUACUGCUCAACAUUUCUCCUGACAGACUCAACACAGUUGUUGCCCCGUCCUCAGAGGUCACCUACGGCAUGGUCGCGGCAGACUUGUUCCACUCGCUGUUGGCAGGCGGAGGGGCACCUUGUGCUGUGAAGCUGCAGAGCCUCUUCGUGCUGGACGAAAACAGCUUCCCUUUGCAACAGGAGUUCUCCCUCGUGGAUUUCUAUCCUGACGGAGGCAAGCCCGCGCCCUUCUCUGAGACCACAUGAAGAAACCAGAAGACCACUGGAAUGAUUUGUCUCUUGAAAUAAAUGAAUGACAGGGUUUUCCUUGGGUUUUGGAAAAAAAAAUGUAUAUAUGUAUACAUUUUACU